AUGGUACCGAAGAGAUGUGGCUUGGUUUUAUAUGUGCAGAUUUCGAAAAUCCACUUGGCGUCGCAGCGUGUGUCGUUGAAAUCGGACAUAAAGUCCGCGAUUAGCUCUUUCAACUCGUCGGUUUUUUCGGAUUCGCAGAUGGCUUCGGCUUUCUUAUUCUUUUCUAGCAUUGAAAGUCUCACCAUGGCUGAGUUGGAAUUUUGGAUAGGAGAGAGAGCAGACAUGCCAGAUGAGGCGCUUGCUCUGUCUGGCUCAGCUGACAGUGGAAGAAAGGUUUACCUUAGGGAGGGAGAUAGAAGAAGAGGAUGGAGGGGAAGACGCCUUGGAAGAGGAGGUUUAACGUAUUCCCCUGACUUAAAGGCUGAUGAUUAA